AUGCUUCAACACAAACUUUGUAAUAUAUAUCAAUACACAAAUUCGGAGGAAAGUGUGGCGAGGAUACAGAUAGGCAGUUUGUUCUUUAUUCAGGCCCUGAUUCUUCAGGAGACAGAAAACCACAUUGUGAACAUAGAAAACAAGUUCAGGGACCUGUUGGAACAAAAAGCAAAAGCCAAGGGAAAAUCAUUGGUCAUGCAGACAGAGUUUGGCUUUGUGGAAGCCAAACUAGGAGAUAUACGGAGAGAAUUCUCGAACAAACAGGAGAACCUCUACCUUCAAAACUGUAGCCAGCGCAAAAAGAGCAACAUCCCCUCUGACCUUGAAUUGGGCCUGAUUGACCUGAGGUCGUCCAUGUGCAACCUGUCUGUGGUUCCGCACGACUGCCUCCAGGAAUUUCUCAGCUCUUCAAAUAGUACUGAGAUAUGUAAGACUCUGAACAAAGAAGAGAAACAACAAAAUCUGUCAUCAGAUUUAGCAGAAGUAUCCGCAGAUACUGUUAGAGGCAAAAUGGAAAGUCUCAAAGUCCAGCAAGACCUCAAUGACACACCUGAAUGUCAGACAUUACCUCCAAGAACACCAGUGAAAUCACGACGUGGAAGACCAAGCAGGAGGCAGAUGUGUCAAUAUCGAUUUGAUAGAGUUGUGUCCCCUGAACAUUCCAACAUUUCUGAGAAUUACAGCAGUUUUACCUCAGAGAAUUUCCACCAAGGUCACCUUGAUGUGCCAGAGUGUAACUUCUAUAGUCGGGAUAGAACACCUUCACGGACCAGGAAACGUGGGCAUGAUUCCAGCUCUAGAACACCUGCACGGUCAACAAAACAACGACUUUUUGAGACACACAGUGGAUUCACUCCGGUCAAAUUACCUGACGUAGUACCAGUUACACCAGGAUCUCCUAGGUCCAAACCACAACACCAGUCACCCUUCACAGUUCUCAGCUCGGACAACCAUCAACAAGAUAGUCCCCCACGAGAUGAGAUUUGUAUGGUACCAGACCUGUUAUUUAGCCCACUGGACACUGCCAGUCUGUUGUGUACAGAAUCCAUGGACCUCAUGGACUUGGAUGAUGGACACCAACCCAAUGAAAAUACGCCUCAUCAUGACAAGGGGAAGAAGACUAAAGAGAUCAUACGGGAUAGAGGGACAAAUAAAUCUCAUGGACAGACUCGCAGAUCCAGAUCUUUACAAAACCAGCAUCAUCCAAGUGAAGAGAACCAUCGCCAGGCUCGUAGGUGUCGUCGGCAGUUGGAGAAGAGCUUUCCUGCAUCAGAGAAAACUUUGACUACAGAGACGCCAGUCAUCACCGGAGUGUUUGAGAACACGGACAUCAACUGUUGUCAGGACUUUGAUGGUUACUUCCAGUUUUACCAACAAAUGGCCGCCGAAAGCCCAGAAACACCAGAGACAGCAAGCCGCGUGGCCCAGAUGUGGAGAAGCAUGUCCCCAAACUCCCGCGAGACAUUUGUGGCCAUGGCUGCCCUGGACUCUCAGUCUGUUACCUCCAUCAUCAGUGACUUUUCAGAUGAUCUCAGGGACCUGGACCUUGAACCAAUAAUCGAUUGUUUCCAGCCGUCGGCCAAGGAGAGUAAUGGCUCUCAAUGUGUUCCUGAGUACACAAGCGAUUCUCCUGAACAUGUCCACCAUUCCCCUCCUCAUUCCUCUGUCCAAAUGGUCCCUGAAUCUACAGUGAAGAACAUGACAUCAUAUCUCAAGAUGGGACCGGCUAGUGUAUCUCCAGACCUAACAGGACAACAUGCAUACCAAGAUAUGUUUGACUCGGCUGCAUUCAACACUGGGUCCAUCUACCAGGCAGCCUACAUGAUUUCUGCGAACCAGUUUCUGGACCAAAGUGACAUCAGCGGUGAGAUGUGUGAUCGGCCUUAUUGUCCCUUAACAUCGCCACCAGAUGAGGCCACAGACAGCCAGGCAGUCCCAGAUAUGGACCUGGUCCUAGGUCAUCUUAUUGAAGAUUUUAAAAUUCCGACGUUAUAGGGAAUAUUUUUGAUCAAAUGUUCAAAUGUUAAAAAUGGCUGGAUAGAGUUCCUUUUUAUAGCCUUUAAACAGUUAUUGCCUAUGUUCAGAAUAACUUUUUUUGACAGGAUAUAGAUUGCAUGGUGUUGCUGUCCAUUCAUGUCUCCUAUUUCAAAUGUGUCUUCAGAAACAAUUGAAAAUCUUGUGAUCAAAUGCAACUUUUCCAAGUUUUUCAAUCUGAUUAUUGGUAGUUUUUGGGAAAACUUGAUAACACUAGGUUUUAUGAUAAUCAAGAUUCUUGUUUAAGUCGAGGUAAAAAGUUUUAAAGAAGGAGGGAGGAGGCUUCAAUCUUUAAACUUUCACCUUAUAUAUAACAAUUCUGUUUAACCAACAUUACUAACAGCUUUAUGUUGAUAGUAACAAUGUAACGCCAUAUCAACUGCUUGGGGACACAUUGUUUUUUUUCUCGUUAACUUAUUGGGUUGUCAUGACAGAAGUUACUAUACAUACCUUUAUUUCAUCACUUGUAAAUAUUAUGAUUCUAAGUAUCCAUAGUUGUUAUCAAUACAUGUUAUCAGUAAUUUAUUCAUGUGUUGUUUUAUUUUGUGAAUUCAUCAUGAAGAUGAUUUGAAUUUGUUUCACUUAUUAGAAUGAUAAUUUAUUUGUUAUCUUUAUUAUUGUUAUUUACUGAGAGUAAAUAUUAUGUUUCUGUGUUGUUUUAUUUAUCUAUAGUAAUCACAGCUUUAUGUUUUUUCAAGAUUUUAAAAUGAUGAUUUUAAUAUCAAAGAUAUUAAGAAAUUACAUAUAAUUUCCCUUAAAUAUUUUCACCAUAAAUUUGGUUUAUCUUGUAACUGUAGACAGCAAAAUCAGCAUCACAUUGAUAUCAAAUCUGUUUACUGUUCAGUUUAUAGGUCACCUGAAACAAAGUCUUAAGUGACUAAUAUUCUAAUCGCCUUUUAUCUGUCGCUGUCCAUUCAUAAACAUUUUACAUUUUCAACUUUUUCACAAUAACCAAAAAGGUCUAGAGACCUAAUAUUGGGCCUAUAGCAUGCUAGGGUGAACGGUUAUCAAGAUAGGUCAAAGGAAUGACCUUUACCUUCAUUCAUGGUCAAAGGGGUCAAAUAUGCUAAAAUUUUCAAAUUGCUUCUUCAAGCAAGAUGAUGAUGGUGACAUAUAAUUAUCAUAAUAUGGCAAACAGCUAAAUAAUAUACAUCACAAGAUUGUUUUGGUGUGUAUCAUUGUAUCAGCUGGUCUGUAAUACUCUUGUUAUGAAGUUGUUUUUAUUUUUCUUCUGUUAUCAACAACUGUUAUUAUGUUAAUAACUUAAUGUAGUCAAUUCAAAGUAUUUUUUCGCUCCUGUUAUCAUUUCACAGUCGUGUUUGUUGAAUAAUUAAGUCUGUUAAUUCUUCAAAGGUUCCAAUAUAGAUAUCGGUAAAUUAGAUGGAUGUACAGCAUUAAAAAAAAUCAAAAUUGCUUUGUAAAAUAAAUUCAGUGCCUAAUUUCACAUUGGCAGAAUGGCUGUAAUCUAAAAGAGAUGAAUAACUUUUAGUCAGAAUAAAUGAUGUGUGAUAAAGAUCUAGAAUUGUUGGUCUACAAAUUGAUCAGUGGAUCUUUAUGGUUGCCCUGGUGUUUAAGAAAAAUAGAUUUGAAGACUAAAAAGCUAUCACAUUUUGAACAAAAAUUUGGUGCUUUGCUUAUUGCCAAAGAAGGCAAAUUGCAGCAGUAUUUGAUUGGAAAACUGAUAACAAGCAUUGACCAAUACAGUUUAAUAUUUGUUUCUAAAUAUUGUGAAACAUUCACGACUCCAUCAACAGGCUAGUAUGGAGCACUUGUUCCUGUGUAUAGAUAUAUCUUGCUGUAUAGUUACUCUAUCCACUCUUUCUCUCGGUUAAAGUCUACUAGGUGUAGAUUCGCUCAUCUAUGUUAAGUUUUGUAAAUUGCAAAAAAAAAAAAAAAAAAAAAAAUUGUAAAAUGUUGCAUUGUCUUUUCUUUAUAUCAUGUUGUUUGAAUAAGAGCAUAUUGAAUUAUGCUGUUAUUGUUGAAAUCACUGCCUUAAUUCUUGUAGCAAUGUCUGGAUUUUUUGGUCAUUGUUGUAGAUGUACAGUAAAAUUAUGAGGUGCAAGUUUUCUGUGUUACUUUUUGGUCUCGAUUUGACAAAAAGAAAUAUACAUGUAAUUAAAAACUAGAAUAAGAAACUUAAGUUAAAGUUGUUGUAAGAACAUCAUUUCGAUGAGAAAGGUUCCACAAUCAUAUUUCAGAAUUGUAGUAUGGUGAUAUUUUUUCAUCAGGUAUAUUUCAACCUAUAGAAAUUAAUAAAAAACACUAAUUUUGUUUGUGCCUCUGACAUGAAACUGUUUGAUUUAGACAGUAUUUAUUUCAACACAUCUAUAAGUUAUUUUGUUUGUACCUCUGACAUGAAACUGUUUGAUUUAGACAGUAUUUAUUUCAACACAUCUAUAAGUCACUUCCCAUGCUGUUUUAUUUAUUGUUAUUGUGUAGGAGUUGUUAUCAAUAGUCACUGUUUUCUUGUAUGAUAUGAGUUAUCAAUGGUCACUGUUUUCUUGUAUGAUAUGAGUUAUCAAUAGUCACUGUUUUCUUGUAUAAUAAAUCGUGUGCCAUUUUUGUUUAUAUCAAAGUGUGAUUUGUUUACAGUUCCAAUAUAGUUGCUUUAUUUAGCGUCAUGUUUUAAUUUACCAUUGUUAUAUUAAUCAUCUUUAUUAUUAAAAGCAUAAUCAUUAGCUCACCUGGCCACAGGGCAAGUGAGCUUUUGCCGUGGUGUGGCAUCCGUCGUCCUUCCAGUGUUAACUUUUUCUUUAAACAACUUCUUAUCAAUAACCGAAAUGCCCAGGGACCUUAUGUUUGGCCUGUAGCACGUUGAAGUGAAGGGCUACCAAGUUUAUUUAAAUGAAUGGCCUUGGCCUACAUUCAAGGUCACAGGAGGUCAAAUGUGUUAAAAUCUUUAAGCCUGAGACCUGAUGUUGGGUCAAUAGUAUGCUGGAACGAAGGAGUACAUGAAUAAACCUAACCUUGUCUUUGAAUAAAGUGGUGAUCACCUUAGUAUUUGUAUAAAUGACCUAGAUCAACUUCAAAAUUGCUCUAGAAGCAGGUGAGCAAUACAAGCCCAUUGGGCCUCUUGUUUCAAUUUAGGCUGAUGUUACAACAUUCAUCACUUUAGAUUUAGUUAUAUGAUUUCACAUCAUGUUAUUAUAUUGUUAAAUUCACAUGUUUUAGUAGAAUCAUUUUGAUUUUGCCUCAUGUUAAGAUGUUGUUGUAUUUGUCACAUUGUUUUAGUAGAAUCAUUUUGAUUUUGCCUCAUGUUAAGAUGUUGUAUUGUUUUAGUAGAAUCAUUCUGAUUUUACCCCCUGUUAAGACAUUAUGUUGGUCACACUAUGUUUUAGAAUUGUUUUGACUUCACAUCAUGUUAUGAGAUUAUAUUCAGUUAUCAUACAAAUAUAAAGUUUAGUAAAAAUUGUUUUAAUUUUACAUCAUGUCACAAUGUUGCUAGAAUAGCGGUUUUAAUAACAUCAUGUUUUAAUCUUAUUUUCUAUUUUCUCUACACUGAAACAUAACUAGUUACACAAACAGCCAAGCUAUUGACUACUAGUUACACAAACAGCCAAGCUAUUGACAACUAGUUACACAAACAGCCAAGCUAUUGACAACUAGUUACACAAACAGCCAAGCUAUUGACAACUAGUUACACAAACAGUCAAGCUAUUGACAACUAGUUAGUUACACAGCCAAGCUAUUGACAACUAGUUACACAUACAGCCAAGCUAUUGACUACUAGUUACACAAACAGCCAAGCUAUUGACAACUAGUUACACAAACAUCCAAGCUAUUGACAACUAGUUACACAAACAGCCAAGCUAUUGACAACUAGUUACACAAACAGUCAAGCUAUUGACAACUAGUUAGUUACACAGCCAAGCUAUUGACAACUAGUUACACAUACAGCCAAGCUAUUGACAACUAGUUAGUUACACACAUAGCCAAGCUAUUGACAACUAGUUACACAUACAGCCAAGCUCAGACUACUAGUUACACAAACAGCCAAGCUCAGACAACUAGUUACACAAACAGCCAAGCUCAGACAACUAGUUACACAAAUAGCCACGCUAUUGACAACUGGCUUAACUGACAGCCUAUCUGUUGAUAGUUAAUUACACGAGGUUCUAAUACAGAAAGCUAUUGAGAACCCGUUUUUAAUACAGUCAAGCUAUUCAUCAGAACUAGUUUCUAGUCUAAAACAGCCAAGCUUUUGAGAACUAGUUUCUAAUGCAGCCAAGCUAUUGAGAAUUAGUUUCUGAUGCAGCCAAGCUAUUGAGAACUAGUUUCUGAAACAGCCAAGCUAUUGAGAAUUAGUUUCUGAAACAGCCAAGCUAUUGAGAAUUAGUUUUUAAUGCAGCCAAGCUAUUGAGAAUUAGUUUCUGAUACAGCCAAGCUAUUGAGAAUUAGUUUCUGAUACAGCCAAGCUAUUGAGAAUUAGUUUCUGAAACAGCCAAGCUAUUGAGAAUUAGUUUUUAAUGCAGCCAAGCUAUUGAGAAUUAGUUUCUGAUACAGCCAAGCUAUUGAGAAUUAGUUUCUAAUGCAGCCAAGCUAUUCAGAACUAGUUUCUGAUACAGCCAAGCUAUUGAGAACUAGUUUCCGAUACAGUCUAGUUAUUGAGAACUAGUUUCUAAUACAGCCAAGCUAUUGAGAAUUAGUUUCUAAUGCAGCCAAGCUAUUGAGAAUUAGUUUUUAAUGCAGCCAACUAUUGAGAAUUAGUUUCUGAAACAGCCAAGCUUUUGUGAAUUAGUUUCUGAUACAGCCAAGCUAUUGAGAAUUAGCUUCUAAUGCAGCCAAGCUAUUGAGAAUUAGUUUCUGAAACAGCCAAGCUAUUGAGAACUAGUUUCUAAUGCAGCCAAGCUAUUGAGAAUUAGUUUCUAAUACAGCCAAGCUAUUGAGAACAAGUUUCUAAUACAGCCAAGUUAUUGAGAAUUAGUUUCUAAUGCAGCCAAGUUAUUGAGAAUUAGUUUCUAAUGCAGCCAAGCUAUUGAUAAUUAGUUUCUGAUACAGCCCAGCUAUUGAGAACUAGUUUCUCAUAGAGCCCAGCUAUUGAGAACUAGUUUCUCAUGCAGCCAAGUUAUUGAGAACUAGUUCCUCAUACAGCCAAGCUAUUGAGAACUAGUUUCCGAUACAGUCUAGUUCUUGAGAACUAGUUGCUAAUACAGUCAAGUUAUUGAGAACUAGUUUCUCAUAGAGCCAAUCUACUGACCACUAGUUAUGUACCCUAUACGACCAAGCUAUUGACAGAUAUUGACAAAUAAUGCAUAUGGCUUUGAGUUGUACACAAGGCCAAACUACUGAGAAUUAUUUGCGUAUAGCCAACCUAUUGACAACUACUAACACGCACAGCAAAGCUUUUGAAAUUCAGCAAUACAUACAACCAUGCUUUAAAAUUGUUUUUGUUGAACUUGUUCAUUGAAUUCAAAUUUUGGUUGUGAAUUAAACGUGUUAAAAAUUUG